AUGUCUAGUAGACGAUUCAAGGAGAAGGAGAGAAUUCGUAAAAGAAAAAGUAGAAUUUCUCAAAAUUUUUCCAAUGAAGAUGACAUUAACAGAACUCCAGUAAACCAAGAACAUGAAAAUCCUGUUGUUAUUAAGGCAACAGAGUCUGGUUCUUGUCAGGAAGAACCUACUCAAUCCCUAGACAGUUUUUCAAGUAUACAAAAUAAGAAUGCAGCCAACAUUGAAGUAUUUGCAGUACCCAUGUACUACAAAAUACGAAAAACUGUGCAAAGGGAAAGAGAUGAUUCUAUGGAAAGGGAAAGAACUCCUAUGACAAAUUCUGUUACACUGGAAAAAAAUGACCAAAUAUCAAAAAGAAAGAAUACAGAAAGGCUGAACAAAAAAAAAGACACUUUACGGCGGAAAUUACAUAGAGAAAAACCAGACCACAAGGCUGUUGAAAAAGAACGUGAAAAAACACAAAGAAAAUUCAUUGGGAAUAAUCCAGAAUACAGAAAGGCUGAACAAAAAAAAGACACUUUACGGUGGAAAUUACAUAGAGAAAAACCAGACCACAAGGCUGUUGAAAAAGAACGUGAAACAAACGCCAAGAAAAGAAAACACAGUGAACAAGACUUCAGAGAAAGAGAAAAAAUAAUGAAUACAGAGUAUCGUAGUGAAAAAAGAAGAGAUCCUGCGUACAGAGCAAAUGAAAAACAAUCCGAUACAAAAAGGAGAGAUGAACAGCAAACAUCCAUUGACCACUGCAUUAGCAAUUUUCACAGAGCAGUUGAACAAGGACCAGUAUACACUUGUACAAGCUGCCACCAGCUCCUGUAUAAGCACAGUGUAUGUAAAUAUUCAGGUGCUUUCUCAGACAAGGACAAAGGGAAAGAUGCUGUGAGAAAAUUAAUUGAUAUUUGUCCACAAACAGCCAGUGCUUCUGAAGAGAUAUGGAUAUGUAAAACAUGUCAGUCCCAUAUAAAAAAAAGGGAAAAUUCCACCAUCAUCAGUUCUAAAUAA